AUGGAUAACUUUGGGGAAAUCAAUAACGAAAAUGAAAGUGAAAAUUUAAAUGAAUGUCACGGGUACUACACCAGAUCUAAAAGGAGGAAGCUCGAGAAAGACGACGAGACGUACACUAUGUUUCCAGAUUACAAUAGAAAAAGAAAAAACCCUAUUACAUUCUUACCGCUGGAAGUAAUUCAAGCUGUUUUUAAUCAUUUAUCAUAUCACGAAUUAAGUAAAACCGUCAGGUUAGUCAACCAUAGGUUCAAAAUAAUUGCCGAGGAUAUUUUAAACCGAUCUUUCAAACAAUUAGAGAAGAAAAUAAAUGUUUUAAUUUUAACCACAGAAAAAUCCCUACAAUGUACAGAUGACGAAAUGGAAAUUAAAUGUGUAGUGAAAUUACUUAACAUGUUAGAAAUUUUGAAAUUACAGUGUACAGUAGUUGUUGCUACCGUAUGGAGAUAUAUUUACAACGAUUAUUAUAAACCUUCCAGGUCAUGUUUUUAUGCUGGACAAUUACUCGAUGGUCUUAAUGAUUUUAUUUAUAAAUUUUUUUACUCCCCUUAUAUACUUUACGCUCCAGCCAUUAUUAAAGAUCAUGCCUUUCCACAAGAAAUGACAAAUAUAAUAGUGAUGAUAAAGAAUUUCUGCUUGCACUUCGACAGAGUAAUUGAAGAGCCGUUACCUGAUUGUACAGUUUGCAGCGGUUGUAAAAUGAUAGAUAUUUUAGAUUGUGCACAAUUUUCUUCGAAAUCUGUGGUGUCGGAAAAGGCUGAUGUUAAUGGAUUUUCUGCAGAAUAUAACUAUUUUUUCCGUAAUUCUUGGUUUGUCGCUCUGCCAAUGUUGACAAACAGGAAUAUGGAACAGUCCGAAAAGCAAAGAUUUAUGCACAUGCGCCUCAGAAGGAUUGUACUCGCUCAUACCGAUAUGUUUUUACAACAAAGUCACUAUGAAAGAGAAGAAUUACUCAGACCGUAUUCUGACAUCAGUCCGCCCAAGAAACCAAGUAACAACGUUUAUACAGGGUACGGUGAUACCGGGAAAAUAUUCUUUUACUACGGAUGUAUGAACGACGGUGCUUAUAAUCAGAAAUUUCACGACGACCAAAUCGAAGAGGACAGUGAUGAGGAGCCUCCUAACGAUCAGUUACGCGCGAGAAAUUCCGAAGAGAACAUUCUCUACAGAAUCCCGCACCUCGGGUUCAAUGUACAAAUCAAAGUUCAAUGUCCUUUGAAAUAUGCCCCACUUCGGUUUUUGGAAAAAUGUAAGGAUGCACUCUCGCAAAAUAUGGAAGACGAUAAGGAAGUGAAAACGCAUUUGAAAUUGAUUUUUGAAUGCCAGGGAGCGAGUUAUACCAGAUUACCAACUAGAUUCGAAUAUACGCAUUGAUUUAUUUAUUAUUUUCAUUUUAUUUAUAUUAUUUUGUAUUGAAUCUUUUAAAUUUUAUCUAUUUUGUCACAAAUACAUUUUAAUUUUUUAACAAGCGCUCAUUUUUAGUUGAGUGUUUCAGUAGUGCUGUGAUUAU